AUGGACAGCACAAAUAUCACAUCCAAUGGCACUCAGUGGCCUCUUUUCAACAAGUAUAAUGAAUUACCUAUCAAUCACAUCUACACCUUUUGCAUCUUUGCCUACUUCAUGCCUCACAUGCUACGCAUGAUGAAGUCCAAAGGCUACGCAAAGGCACAUCACUACCACCGUUCCCUCCUCAUUGUCCACUCCGUCGUCUCGGUCAUCGAAGUCGUCCUCUUCCACGUCAAGUCAUGGCAUCUCGGCCACGAUCCGAAAGCAAACAACAUUGACCUCUUCCUCUGUGUCGUACAGACUAUUACAAGUCUCGUCAUGACCGAGAGGAUGCGGUUCAUACCCAAAUUGACUCUUGAGUUGAGCCGUGCGUCGUUUCAAGCCAUGGCAUUUAUGCGUGUGCUUGCUUCAGGUCUGGCUUUGUACCUGGGAUCGACCGAGUGGCAUCGGGCAAGCGUCAAGAUGCUUGCCAGCUUCGUCUGGGUGCGAUUCAUCAUUAUAUGGUCAAGCAAAUUCGCCGGUAUUAAUACCUAUGGGCAAGGAUACUCGCUCGGUUUGAUUGGCGGUAUUCUCAUGGGGAUCUAUGAAGGAACUUAUCCUCAUGGCAUCGGCAUCUACAUGGGCACAACGCUUUCGCUGCUAGCCUUUGAUCGUUGGGCGUCCAAGUUUGACAACCCGUCAAUUGACAUGUUGAGAUUUGUCGGAGUGGUGAGCCAUCGGGUUGAGAAGCCGAAUGAGGAGCCCGAGAAGCCGUUGAAGAAGGUUGAUUGA